AUGGUCGGGCCGGAGAUGAUUAAAUCAACCGACUUUAAUGGGACCUACUUCGCCGCCCCCUCUUCACUUAGACAAAAAAGGGGACGGCGUGAUCGCAUGCACCUUUGUAGCGCGUGGCAGCACGAUCAACCACGAACCAUGACAAUUACCCUUCAAGACAUAAACGUCAUAACACGAACUUUUCCUAUUGCCCUCACUGUUUCAACUUCGUUCAAAUGCAAUUUGAAACUCCUCAUCAACUACUUUUCUUCCUUCAAAUCUCUUAAAAUCGGCAUUCAUAACGAUAAUAGUGCUGAGUAG